CCAUGGGGACCUGGAUGCUGACGAAGGCUCGCGAGGCUGUGAGCAGCCACAGUGCCCUGCUCAGAAGCCUGGGGCUCGUCAGUCAAGCCGGUUCUAGGUUCUCACUCGGAAGCACGGGCAGGCAGGCGAGUGGCCCCUAGUUCCGGGAGCAGAACAGCAGUACCCCAGCCCUGGUCCUCCACCCCAAGCCUCGCCUGCCCGCCCAGCGCCAGGAUGGCUACCAUCACCUGCACUCGCUUCACGGAAGAGUACCAGCUCUUCGAGGAACUGGGAAAGGGAGCCUUCUCAGUGGUGCGCAGGUGUGUGAAGGUGCUGGCUGGCCAGGAGUAUGCUGCCAAGAUCAUCAACACCAAGAAGCUGUCGGCCAGAGAUCACCAGAAGCUGGAGCGUGAAGCCCGCAUCUGCCGCCUGCUGAAGCACCCCAACAUCGUUCGGCUCCAUGACAGCAUCUCCGAAGAGGGACACCAUUACCUAAUCUUUGACCUGGUCACUGGUGGGGAGCUGUUUGAAGACAUCGUGGCCCGGGAGUAUUACAGUGAGGCCGAUGCCAGUCACUGCAUCCAGCAGAUCCUGGAGGCCGUGCUGCACUGCCACCAGAUGGGGGUGGUGCACCGGGACCUUAAGCCGGAGAAUCUGCUGCUGGCCUCCAAGCUCAAGGGCGCUGCGGUGAAGCUGGCGGACUUCGGCCUGGCCAUAGAGGUGGAGGGAGAGCAGCAAGCAUGGUUUGGGUUCGCAGGGACACCUGGAUACCUCUCCCCAGAAGUGCUGCGGAAGGACCCGUAUGGGAAGCCUGUGGACCUGUGGGCCUGUGGGGUCAUCCUGUACAUCCUGCUCGUGGGAUAUCCCCCAUUCUGGGAUGAGGACCAGCACCGCCUGUACCAGCAGAUCAAAGCGGGCGCCUAUGAUUUCCCGUCACCGGAGUGGGACACUGUCACCCCAGAAGCCAAGGAUCUGAUCAAUAAGAUGCUGACCAUCAACCCAUCCAAACGCAUCACGGCCGCCGAGGCCCUCAAGCACCCCUGGAUCUCGCACCGGUCCACCGUGGCCUCUUGCAUGCACAGACAGGAGACCGUGGACUGCCUGAAGAAGUUCAACGCCAGGAGGAAACUGAAGGGAGCCAUCCUUACCACGAUGCUGGCCACCAGGAAUUUCUCUGGAGGGAAGAGUGGGGGAAACAAGAAGAACGAUGGUGUGAAGAAAAGAAAGUCCAGUUCCAGCGUUCAGUUAAUGGAAUCUUCAGAGAGCACCAACACCACCAUUGAGGACGAAGACACCAAAGUGCGGAAACAGGAAAUUAUAAAAGUGACAGAGCAGCUGAUUGAAGCCAUAAGCAAUGGAGAUUUUGAGUCCUACACGAAGAUGUGUGAUCCCGGGAUGACGGCCUUUGAACCCGAGGCUCUGGGGAACCUGGUCGAGGGCCUGGACUUUCAUCGAUUCUAUUUUGAAAACCUGUGGUCCCGGAACAGCAAACCCGUGCACACCACCAUUCUGAACCCCCACAUCCACCUGAUGGGUGACGAGUCAGCCUGCAUCGCCUACAUCCGCAUCACACAGUACCUGGACGCCGGCGGCAUCCCCCGCACGGCCCAGUCGGAGGAGACCCGUGUCUGGCACCGCCGGGACGGCAAAUGGCAGAUCGUCCACUUUCACAGAUCUGGGGCGCCCUCCGUCCUGCCCCAUUGAAGGUCCAGGCUGGGGGCACUGUUCCGCGGAGAUCUCCUCUUCAUCCGUGGAAUGUGGCUGCUGGUUCUCCCACUUGGAUUUUGCUGGAAUUCCCCCCAUCAGUCACCCCACUACACCACCACUAUUACCUUCAUACCUGCAUCAAGAAAGCCUGCUUGUUCACAAAAGUCAUCAUGUCUUCAGAGCAAAUGACCACAUCUCCCCGCCUGCUGCUACCUGUCCCUCUCUGUCCUCUGCCAGGGCAGGGCUUCCUCAGCCCUGGGUGCCCUGGGUGCCGGCCCCGAGGACCCCCCACCUGGCUGUCAUUGGCCUGGCUUGCCUUGGCUGUCGGCCAGAAUGUCCAGCUCUGUGUUCACCAGGGGUUGGGGAGAAGAAGGGGCAGAGUCGGAAGGAAUGUGGCAUCGCCCAUCACUCUCCCUGAUCUCGCCUCUUCUGGGGGUCCCCCUAGGAAGGGAAGAUGAACCCCCAACCCCCUGAGCCAACCUCUGCUGCAGGAGAGAGAGAGAGAGGAGCAGACGCCAGGAGUCUCCUGCCUCAGACUGCCUCCCUAACUCUCCUCCUGUCCUGUCCUGCUCUCCAGGUCUCCGCCUGACCCUUCUCCCUCCGUGUGGGGAGCGAGAGCCUCUCAGGGUGCCCCCACUCUUUUCCUUCUUCCUUCUCUGAUGUUUACCUCUAACACUAACCACUCAUUCCACCCUUCCAUCAGGCCCGGAGAAUUCCAGCUUCGUCAUAUCUGAGGGAGAGAAUCUGAUUGCUUUUGGGGGGCAAAAGAAAGCAACGUUUAGGUAUCACUUCUACUUGGACCGCAUGCCUUUUUAUAGCCAAACUUCUGUGUGUUUCGUAAAUGGAUUUUGCGUUAAUGGAUAUUUAUGUAAUAACUAGACCUCUCAAUUAUUGUGAAGAGGGUUGGGUUGGGAAACGAGGUGGGAAGAGGGGUGAAGGGUAGUUUUUCUCUGUUCUAGGUCUUUUUUUUUUUUUUUAACACCAUCUCUGAGAUGAACUUAGUCACCUGUGGUUACCCAGGGCUGAGGUGGACUCAGUCCCAGCAGGAAGGUCCUCUGCCAUUUUGGUCCCAAGGUUCCUUUCCGGACUGAAUCAGAUGUUAGUGCUGAUAAGAAGAAGUAAAUUGGGGCAGAGGUAGGGGGAGGUUGUCGGGAUGGAAAUACUGGACUUUCUUUGUUUGCCUCCCCAACCAGUGUCCUUACCACCACGUUGCCCAGAAUCUCACCCCAUUUGUGUGCCACCCCCAGCAACCCCCACCCAUCUCUGGGGGUGGUUCAUGAGCAUGUGUCUUCAUCGUCCACACCCUCGGUGUCUGCUGGUCCAAGCAGAGCACUGGAAUAUGUACUCUCCAUGCCUCGUCCUGCAGCCGUGGGUCAGCAUCGCUCUUUCCCUCUUUCUUUUCCUUUUUCUGGCCCUCUUCCCUGGGAUUGACUGAUGUGGAAUGCCUUGGCACGUCCACUACGAUCUACUGUCUGCACUGUUUUCUUUGCAUGACUUUAUAUGCAGUAAGUAUGUUGAAAAAAACAAAGAAACGAAGAAAAAACACUCAGCAAAACCAAUCUACAUAUUUUGGACAAAAAAAAAAAAAUAGAGGUUGUAUUCUCAGUGUCCGACUCGGAAUUAUGUUGCUGCCUCUCUGUGCUUUUGGCCUCUGUGUGGCCGUGUUUUGCCAGCAUGAGAUACUGUCCCCUCUGGAGGAUUUUAGGGGAGGAAGAGCCACAUCCCCAGGGAUUUGGAGGAGGCACUGAUUCCCCUGAACCCUCUCUGGGGAGUCCUGGAUGGUGGGUGGAGCAGGACUGAUACAGGUGUUUGACCCAGACCUUUCUGAGUUUUCCCCCAUUGUGAGCUGUCUGCUGGGCUCUUUCUCAACCGCUGCUGCCCCGGGGACAGGUGAGGCAGGCAGACCUGGUCUACAGGCCAAGUAAGAGGCUGCCCCGGCCUCCUGGUCUCCAAACUGGUCGAUCACUGGCCUCUAUCCUUGGCAGAGACCCUGCUGCCGAGGCCCAGGGGUGAACUUUCCAGUAAGGCCCAGUGAUCCUAGCAUGCCAGCAGUGAAGCCACUUGCCUCCCUUGUGAGCUGCCAGCUCCCACAGCUGCCCCGAAAGCCAAAGGUGAGGGUGUGGCUUUUCAGGGGAUGCUGCAAUUACCAAGGCCAAGUCUAGUCACUUUUUCAGCCUUGGUUUCCCCAUCAGUUAAAGGGGUGAAAUAUUCCUGCCCAGCCUAUGUUGCAGGGCUGAUGGGGAAUCACGUGGGAUGGUGAAGUGAAGCCCAAUACGCCUGUGAGAACUGACAGGGUUAGUCGCUGGCUAAACUUCUGUUCCAUUCUGGGCUUGACAGGUCAGUCCCCUUCGCUCCCCUGUCUGCCCCUCAUUGCCCUCUUUGGUGCCUGUCAACUGUUUAUCAGCAGCGCACUGUGGAGGUCAGAGCCAUGGUUUGGGGGUUAUUAGGAUUCCCAGGCAAGUCCUUUCCCCACGCUGGCCCUCGGUUUCCCACCAGAGGAAACUGAGCUGGAAGAUACCAACAUCCUGCCUUUCAUUUGCUGACACACCCCCUGCCCACUGUGUCCUUCUCUAAGUGCCAAGGAAGUGGAAGCAGGGCCCGACCCCAGGGUGCGAUAGCCCCACUGCCAACCAAGGCCAUGCCUUCGGGUGGGCAGCCAGCCAAUGUGGACCACAGGGCAGCAACGCGAUCCUGAGGCAGCAGGCAGGCGAGACUGGCAGACAAAGCGGCCCAAAUCCCACCCACCCCCCCCAGACAGUCAAAGUCUGUGCUCCUUCAAAACAUCCUGUAGAUGCAAAAAACUCCAGACCUAAGACAAGACCUGGGCUUCAGCAUGCAAACACGUUUACAGGAAAGUAUUCUCCUGGGUUCAUGCCCCCUGGGGCACUACCCCUGACCAUGGCCUCCUGUCUCCCUUCAAGAGGAGACACUAGGGGAAUGUGUUUGCCAGACUCCCCAUGCUGGUUUCUUUGUUACUAUUUGUUUGGGGUUUUGUUUCAGUUUUUUCUUUCUUUUCUUUUUUAAAAAUAUGUGGCUGUGAAAUUGAAUGACCACUGCUCAAACUUUCUGCUAUUGGGGGGGAGGAGGGUAAAAUAGGGGUGUCUGUUUUAUUCUUGGUGUUUUCAGUGCAAUAAAUAGCUACAAACUUCUGUGCA